GAGAAUAAAGGGUUGUUGCCUGGGAACCCCCUUCCUCUUCCAGCCUUGCAGCCUCAGUGACAAUCGCUAACCGUGGCGCACGGAUACGCGCACCGCACCAGGCGAUGCGCUGCGGCGUGCGCUGCGCCCAGCAUCGGCGGACCCUGAGACGCACGCAGGGCCGACCAUCCUGUCCCCAUCCCCACCCACACCUCCCCGGGGUGGGGGGUCCUGGGCGACCUCGGCAGCUCUGACAGUGAAGACCCUGCAGAGUACCCGUAAAGGGUUCUCCCGGGGGUGGUCAGAGCCUCCAUGGCUCAUUCUAGAUGGAGGUACCUCCGGAAGGAGCUGGUUGAACGGCCGUGGCCUUCACCUUGUAGCCACUGGUGACCACACCUCCCCUAGCGCAGAGGCUGCUGCCAGCAGCGGCGGCGGCGGUGGCGGCGGCGGGAAAUGCUGUUCCAGCACAGCCUGCUCUGGGAGAACCUGGUGUGACGGCCAGGAUGGAGCUGGGCCCAGCAACCCAGACUUUUGUGUUGGAGCUUCGAUGUCUUGAGGAUGGGGGUCCAGGGCCUGACACCCUCUCAGGUGGCAGUGGUGGAAGUGAGAGGCAGGAGAGGCGCAGCCAUCCACAGCAGCCAGCGCUGGCGGCCUCAGUCGGGGUCAGUAACUAUGUCUACUAUAUGGAGGCAGAGCAGCAGGAACCACAGGACUUGCGAGUGCACCGAUUAAAGCGUCGGUCAGAGCCGGAACAACAGCCGGGGCACAAGCAGUUGCAAGAGCAGCAAUCUCAGCCUCAACUGUUAGGAUCCCAGCCAGAAUUGCAGCAGCAGCAGCAGCAGCAGCAGCAAGAUGGGCAACAGCAGCUGUCUCCACCACAGCAAGAACGACAGGAAGACCGGUCCGUGCGGCAUCAUCAACCACAACCACAGCUGCAGGCGGUGCAGCUGCCGAGACUGGGACAAGAGCAGCAUCUGUUGCUGCAGCAGCACCAGACGAGGCAGCCUCCAAACCAAGUACAACAGCCAUUUCCACAGCAGCAGGAACAGCAGCAAAUCCAACAGCGGCAUCUUGUGCAGCAGCAAAUGCAUGAGCCUGCGCCACAGCAGCAAGUGCAGGAACAACACCAGUCACAGCAGCAGCAGCUUCUCCAACAAGAGCAGCUGUUGCAAGAGCAGAGGCAAUUGCUGCUGCAGCAUGUGCAAGAUCAAGCAUUGCAGUUACAGCAAGUGCAAGAGCAACAGCUGUUGCAACAGGAGCAGUUGCAGCAGCUGCUGUUCCAACAGGAGCAACUGUUGCAGCAACAGGCACACUUGCAACAGCAACACUUGCAGCAACAGGUAUUGGUGCUACAGCCACAGGGACAGCCACAGCAGCAGCUGUUGCUACAGCAGCAACAGGCACACUUGCAGCAGCAGCUGUUGCAGCAGCAGGAACAGCUGCAGCAGCAACAGCGGCACCAGCAGCUGCAGCCUCCUCCACUGGAGCCAGAGGAAGAAGAGGAGAAAGAGGAGGAGAGAGUGGAACUGGAACUCAUGCCUGUGGACGUCAGAUCUGAGCAGGACCUGGAGAGGCUGCAGGAACAGCGGCAGCUGCAGCUAAAAUUGCAGGAGCAGCUGCGUCAGCUGGAGGAGCACCUGGAGCAGCAGCAGCAGAUGGAGCAGCUGCAGCUGCAGCAGAUGGAGCAGCUGGAGCAGCUGCAGCAGCAGCAGCAGCAGAUGGAGCAGCUGCAGCUGGAGCAACAGGUGGUGCACCUGGAGCUGACCCCGGUGGAACUAGACGCCCAGCAGGAGGAGGUGCAGCUGGAGCUGACUUCUGUGGAGCCGGAGCUGCAGCUGGAGCUGGUGCACGCUCCGGGGGUUGCAGCACCGGCUCCAGCCACCGUCGUGGUGGCCCCUCCAGGUUAUGUGGUGCUGCAGGAGGUCAUGGUGCUGCCCUCUGUGGCCACACCCACUGUGGUGGCCAUUCCGGGGCCCGCGGGGAGUGCGGCUCUGACUCCCGCCAGACAGCGGAGGAAGCGGCGAGUCCGGAACAGGCCGACCGUCUGUGGGGAAUGUGGCAAGGGUUUCAGCCGCAGCACGGACCUGGUGCGACACCAGGCCACGCACACUGGGGAGAGGCCGUAUCUCUGCAGCGAGUGCGGAAAGAGCUUCUCGCAGCAUUCCAACCUAGUGACCCACCAGCGUAUCCACACCGGCGAGAAGCCCUACGCCUGCACCUACUGCUCCAAGCGCUUCAGCGAGAGCUCGGCGCUCGUGCAGCAUCAGCGCACCCACACUGGAGAACGGCCCUACGCCUGCGGCGACUGCGGCAAGCGCUUCAGCGUCUCCUCCAACCUGCUGCGCCACCGCCGCACCCAUUCGGGUGAGCUGCCCUACGUGUGUGAGGACUGCGGCGAGCGCUUCCGGCAGAAGGUGCAGAUCCGCAGGCACGAGCGCCAGCUGCAUGGGGCAGGGCGCUCCCGAGGCCUGGGCCUCCUGCGGACCUCCAGGCCUGUGCCCUCUACAAGGGCCCAGCAGACCUCUGCCUCCGGGAAGCACUGAGAGGCGUUAGAGCCAUUCACACACACCUCGACCCUAGUUCCUGGUUUUAACUCCAAUUUGAGGACAUUUUGGGCAUCUUGAAUUAUCCUUAGGAGAGGAAGACUUCCAGCUUUUUCCAGACCCCUCCCUCCCAAACACCAAGUUCACAGAUUCACCCUCCCCCCGAAAACCAUCUCCAGGUGGGUGAGAGAGACUGUCCAACUUUGUCCUUUCUUGGGAAAAUAGGACUGA